AUGGCGCCCGUGCCUAUUGAGCACCCGCCUAGCUAUGUCCCCUUGGCUGUAUCCGCAACUCACAUUGGACUGGUCGUAUACCUCACGUAUGCAGUAGGCGCAAGUCUUUACACUUCAUACAAGUCCUUGUCACCAUCACAGGAUACUCGUCAGCGUCAAGAAUGGCGCAGAAAGUUGUCUCCUGUAUUUGCUGGCCUCGCUGCCGUCGCCCUUGUAUCUGCCGCGUACUCAUCCAUCUCAUACGCGACGUUGUCAUACAAGGUCUGGGCUGAUGAGAGAGGCAUUCAACUGCCCUCACGGUUCGUUGGAGACGGGGGAUUCUUCCCUGGAACGCACAACUCAAGUCAAGUGCACCUAGCACAAUGGCUACACGAUACACCAGUCUACUACGACGCUUUUGAGAUUGUUGCCGAAAAGGCACGUCGCUACUGGUGGGGACAGCAAGUUGACCUUGGUAUCAUUGCCUGGAGCUUGUUGCUGGCGAUCGAGGGCCGCAGAAGACGAAUCCCUCUCGUCACCGCAUUCCUGGCCUUGGCUCACCUUGUCAGCCUUUCGUUUGCGCAAAACCUCUUUUAUCUCGCCCUGCUCCUGACUCCAGCACCAAUCUCUGGCGAUGACGACCUCGAGGUUCCCGUAGUCCCUCUUCCGACUUCAACUUGGAUCCGCAUUCGCAACGCCGUCCUGCCUCCAAAGCCAACAAACUGGUGCCCACACCCAAUCUUGUUCCUCGGAGCAAUUUCGGUUAACUUUACUUCUUUAUUCGUCCUGCCCUACGCUGCCGAGACACCUUCUUUCGUCAAAGUUUUAUUGAUCACCCGGCUGUCCACAUUCCUCCCCGUUAUUCUGCCGAAGGUUGCUCCAGUAUCCUGGGGUACUGUUCAUCCUCAUCCGCAUGAUGCCUUCAGCUCUUACACUACACUGUUCCGCUUGAUAUCUCUUGCGAGCUUUGCCCUACAUGACAAGGCUACCUUUUUUGGCCUGCGAUAUAACAUGCCGGAUUCGUACUAUCAUCGACACUCUCGCUUUUUGCCUUGGGAUUUAGAGAAACGGUCCAUGUGGGAGCAAAGCACUACCGCGCUAGGCAAGAUUCUAGGAUCAACCAUAGAUCACCCAGUGGUUGCCGCUGUGGGAUGGGAUGUUCUGCUCAGUGCGCUGAGUCUCGGAUUUUGGAGCGCCGUCAGAGCAACCGACGUGCAAGGCAUCAUCGCCUCCACGUUUCCGUACUUGGCCAAAUCUGACCCGAAAGGCGCCCAGCGCUCCAGUCUCAGCACGCUUUCAUCUAUCAAAGAAGAGGACAAUUUUCCAGAAUCGCCCUUGGCAGAAUCCACGCCAGCAUUGCGCCAGCGCGGACGUCCAAAGUCACGCGGCACCAGUGUAGCCAGUAUUGCUUCCUCGGAUGCCGCAACUGAUGGUCAGGCAUCCGCCACUACUAAGAGACGUGGCAGGCCGAAGAAGAACAUGGCCCAUGAGGACAAAACUUACGAGCCAGAGCCUGCAGUGGCACGCGAAAUUAGCGAAGGCGACAUACUGCCACCACCCGACGAGCUUGACUGGGAGAGCGCGGCUCUUGGUUGGGGCAUGGCUGCCUUUGGCGGCUUGGGGUUUGCCGAAGCUGGUGUCUUUGGGGCCGAGUGUACUGCUAGAUGA